AUGGCUACCUCUGUUACUUCUUCUGGCCCUAGCAUUGCUAGCUUUCUGAAAUUAGAUGAAGACAAUUAUCCUGAAUGGCUUCGCCAGAUGAAACCAUUCCUUAUUGACCAAGGACUCUACAAAUUCGUUGAUGGCUCUCACCCAAAGCCUCCAGCCAUAAUUCGUGUCGUGGCCCCCACCACUUCUUCGCCCACCGAUGCUCCUGCUGCUACUGUUCAUAGCCCUAAUCCGGCUUUACUCACAUGGAUUCAACAAGACCAACUAGUGGUCAGUUACAUAACCACUACACUGACCAAACCAAUUAUUUCUCUAACCAUUGGUUGUGAGACAGCUCAGGCCAUUUGGGAAUGCCUUCACCACCACUUUUCCCAAACUUCUAUUGCUAGCUCUGCAUCGCUCCAAUUUCAACUUCUUGACAUCACGAAAGGGACCAAAUCCCUUAAUAAGUACUUGCUCCAAGUCAAGCACAUUGCUGACUCCUUAGUUGCAAUCAACAAACUUGUGGAUCCCAAGUAUUUCUCACUCUUCGAGGCCUUGGUCCCGAAUAUCUCAUGCUUCGAACUUCCAUUCUUCAAAGUUCUUCCCUACCCACCUUCAUUGAACUUCGCUCUCGUAUUAUUGCAUUUGAAGCCCAAGACCCCAACCUUACCACUUCCUCUCCAUCCUCCCAUGCUCUCUUCAAUAACCACCCCCACCAUCGGCCCCUCAACACCAAGCCCCACCUCAACCAUUCUUUGGAAAUAG